UCGACCAAAAUUAUAGUAGAAUUUUAUUUUGAAGGUUGUAGUCGGAAGUGUGGUUUUUCUGCACUUUCCGUCUACCUGGUGGCGCGCGCGACCGGUGUGGGCAAGUCCUAACGCUCGCGGCAGCUCGCUCUGCAGGUUAGCCCGGUGAAACACUCCCCCAGCAGCUUUAAGUAGGAUAACUCUCCUCAUGGUUUUGUUUUUCUUCCGCACUUAUCUGAACGAGGACCUCGUUUUACAGUCACCAUGAGUAAGUCCAGCACCCUGAAAGUAAAGAACUUGUUUAAAAUAAAAUCACCUGAUAAAGAAAGCAAAGAGCAGAAACGGUCGAACUCCCUCAAAGAUGGAAGCACCCACAAAGACAAUUCGGCAACUUUACCGGCGAGCCCCGGUCCCCUCAGCCCGGGUCAGAACGACACAUUGGCGGGGGACGUUUUACCAAUUUCCCCCAAAGAGAAGAAGGGAAAGCGACUGUUAUCAUUCAAGCUGAAACGGAAAAAAUCCAAACGCAAAGAAGAAGGAGGAGAGGUGUUCUUCCCUGAUGAACUGGACAGCUUCAGCAGCAACAUGAGCUACGACCAGAUAAGUGUUUCCACAGAGUGCAGUUUCCGUACGGACUUCGAAUGGGACCCUCAAUCUGAAUCAACCUCCAUGAUCAGCUUUGACAUGAGUCAGCCACACAACCCCAUUUCACCCUCCAAACUCUUUAAGAGUUCGGAGGAGAAAAGGGGAGUGUUAGAUCGCCUCCACAAUUUCUUCAGCUCCAAGAGAAAGAAGAGCAGGCAGCAUUCAGACGGGAGUACCCCAACAUCCCCUUUGUCUCCACGUUCACCCCAGUCUCAACAGGAGGAUGGGAUAAAGACGCCGACUCCUUAUCGUAAAGACAGUGAGCCUCAUUAUGGAGGGUCCAGGACAGGAGCGGAGCGUGAUGACACCCUGAGCCAAAGCUCCAGUCCCAGCACCUCAAGCGUGAUUUCAGAGCUCCCGUUUGCAGACAGUAACAGCAGUGGCCAAGGCAGUGUGAGGGAGGUGCAUGUGUGCAGGGUCAGCACUGCCAGCGGUGAAAGGAAUUCUGGGAAUGUGACUCCCACCAAUCUGGACCUUGCUAACACUGAUCUGAGGGCUGCUUCGGGUUCGGCACAAAGUUUUACAGAGUCAGUGGUGGAGGAAGUAAGCAAGAGGCUGCAGGUCAGUUUGGAUGAAAAUAUCCGAAGGAGUAUGGAAUAUUCCAGUCAGGAUAAUGCAGAUAAUGAGAGCAGACUGUCAUUGGAAAUCCCCUUUUCUAAAGCAGCCGAGCCCCCAAAGUCACCUAACUUAACCUCUAUAAGCUUAGGCUCCAAUAAAACAUCAGUGAAAGUUGGAGAAAAGGGACACAGCACGGUCCUGAGAGGAAUAACUUUAGGAUCCCAGUCUUCCACCUCACACAUCAUCACGAGUCAAAAGGAAGACUCCACUGGCGUAUCGAGGGAAAACAAGAGGAGGGGUCAGGUAUUCUCUUGGGACACUGUAGCCAAUGAAUUGAGCUCGUUACCUGAGAAUGAACAAGUGCCCAGAGGUGAUUCUCCUGUCCAACUCCACAAAGCCAUAUGGGUGGAAACACACCUGGGAGCAGAGGAGGAAUGGGAGGGGGAGAAAGAUAUAAUUAAACAAGGGGAAGAAGGCUUCAGAGCAGACUCCCCUCCUGUGCUGGCGAUACCUGUCACAGUAAUUCCUGAGGACGACUCAGUCUUUUCCCCCACAGAGACUUUGCCGUCUGGUGGCAGCUUUCCAGAAGCAGCCAUCUCCUUGGCACCGGCUACGGGGGAGGUCCAAACAACCUCACCGCAGCCAGAGGAGCCUGACACUGGCACAGGCUCAAAACAAAGUUCACUUCGGGAGAAACGCAGAUCGCGAGAAGUACGUGUGACGCGCAAGACUGUAAAUCUACCUUCAAAACACAAGGUUUUUGCCCACAAAGUGUACGUUAGCCCGGAGCCAAGCUUGGAUGGGAACGAACCUGCAGAAGAGGAGCUCAGCAGAGAUUCAACAACAGAGACUUCAGACGCAACAGAAGUGAAACUACUGCCAAGCACUGAAAACAACAAUAAUGUUGAACUCAAGGAAGCCGAACUUGAGCCCUAUCCAACAACAGAUGAGACCACACACUCUGACACAAAUACUCCUGAACCCAUAGUUAAAGAAAAAGCUGACUCUGAGGCCUCUGACUUUGACGACCCCUCUGCAACCUCAGACAUGUACAGAGCAAAGUCACAGGCCGUGGGGUCUGGGGUAAGAGGCCAAGGGACCAACCAGGCUACACCCUCCAGACAAGGGGUUAAAGCAGCAGCAGAGAGCCGGCAUGCCACAGCAAGUGGAGCAAAGACCCCAUCCUCAGCAGCUGGCAACAUGACCAAAAAUGUGACAACAAAGGCUAAGGCCUCCACAGAGAGCGCAAAAGUGGGAACUUCCAUUGAUAUGCCACCACAGAGGGAACAUAGCAGUGAUAAAACAGUUUCUAUCUUACCAACAAAAGACCAAAGAGGUCCCUCAAGUCCAACAGGUUCAAAGUCAAAAAUCCCCAAACGGUCAGCAUCAGAUGCUGAAGUGAAAUCACCAGUGACACCAGAUAAAACAUCAGUGACUGAUGCCGCCAGGUCAGUCAUCACUUCCAAACUACAGAAACAACUCAGAACCAAAGAAGCUUUGAAAUCUCCAGUCACUGCAACCAAAGCUGGCAGGAAACAAAGUUCUGAAGAUGCCAAGGGAGGGAAAGCUCUACCAGAAGAAACAACACCCAGGACAGUAACUGAGCUCAUAAAAGAAAAGUCAGAUGAACACAGCGAGUCUGUUAACCUGGUAAAUGGCGUGGAGAAAGACCUCAAAGAGAGAAGUACUAAAACAAGACAGACAACUGACAGGGAGAGCCUGGAUGUCAAAAACCAAAGGCAGAACCGUCAGGAGAGUAGCGCCUUGGCAUCCAGGAGUCGGUUGCCCAUUACAUCUCCGACAAGAAAGAAGAAUGAUGACAUAACUGUAAAAAGUGGCACCAACUAUCAGAAAAAUACAUCUGGUCAGACAGAUUCAGACAGCUCCAAGACAGGCAAGAAGCAGAGUCAAGAGCAGCAACAAGCGACUCCUGGUGAGAGACCUGGCAGUGAGACACCACCCCCACUCUCUGAAAGUCCCAAGAAAGGAAGCAUGCUGUCAACCAAACUAUCCAAACCCCCGUCUAAAAGAAGCAUUAGCCAUGAAGAGAGUGACACACCCACUGUGGGUGCGUCUCCACCUCCCACCAAACAAGAGAAAACUGUCUCAUUAAAGCUCUCCAAACCGAGCGACAUCAAACACAACAAAAGUCCAGUAAAGGAUUCAGCUGAUCCCUUAUCAGCUGUAAGCAAGCUUCCUACCAGGAGUCAGAAAAGCUCUAUCAAAGUCAAAUCGAGAAAAUAUUCAGAAACUGAGAAUUCUGCUAGCACAAUCACAUCUAAAAAGGGUGACUUGAGUCAGAACACACGCACAGAGGCAACUGUCAAAUCACCUGAGAGUGGCAUAGCAGAUAAAGGGGAAGACAGUGCCAGUGGUUAUAGAUUUAAAUUCAAGUCUCAGUCAACAGGGGAAAAAGAUGAUCAGUCCAGUACUAGUGAAAACAAGCUGAAAGGAAAAGAGACAAUGGAAUUGGAGGAGAGCAAAACCAGUCUUGCAACAGAGGAGAUUUCAAAAAUCCAGCCAGUGCAAAACAAGGAUGCGAUUAUUAAAGAAGAGACUCAAGUAAAAGUUACCCCAGUUCAAGGCCCAGCAGCUGAUGUAUUGCCUAGCAGUGAGGUUGAUAAGGCAAUUCCAUCUCAGUCACCACUUACUGAUGUAAAUAAUGCUGAGACUAAUUUCCAAGCACGACAGCACGACAGCAAACAAAAUAGAAAAGUAGAGUCUCCACCAAAGACAUCAGAUGUUCAGAGUGACGCCGCCAAACAGGAAAAGGGAACCCCUUUUUCACCAAAGAGUUCUACAGAAGAAGAAAAAGAGAAAGAGAUUUUUGAGACAACAACGCUAAGUAAUAUGAAACCAGAUUUAAUCCAGAAGAGAGGCCUUUCAGAGCCAAAUUCUGCAGUGCUGGCUCAGGACACAAUACCAGCUCAUGAGAAUGUAACUGAUAUGUCAGCAAAACCUGUUGUGGUUGACAGCACUCUCUGUGACAUAAUGAGCCACUCUGGUCAACAAGGUGUUGUGCCCACUAGUGUUUCUGUUAAGGUCUCUUCUAAGGAAUACAACAAUAGAAAUAUCCUUCCUGCUAAAUUGACCUCAGAAGACCAUGAUGCUAAGCCAAAAGUACGUUUAACCACAUCCAAUGCUGUUGAUGCUAGUACAGGGCAGCAAAAAGAGUUAUUAAAGGACCAAACCACAAAUAGCAUAACUAAAAAUGAUAGAUUGCUUGCUUUAAGCAGAGAUUCAGUAAAAAAUGUUGAAGUAGAGGAAGAAAGUAAAGAGGACGCUGGCAAGAAACCAACAGAGGAUUUGGACAUUCAAACAGAGGCUGUGACUGUUUGUGAAAUGCCCAAGCAUGUUGAAAAUCAGCUGGACAAAGAGCCUCUUUUACUGGCAGGAGAAUUUGAAAGACAGCAGAAAGACUCAAAACCAAAUGAAAAGCUGAAUGAUACAGCAGUGGUAAGCACUGACUCAGAGAACAGUUGCAUAAAGGAGCUCAAGGGCAUAACUAUCGAGAAUGAAGCAGAGAACGACAUUACAGAAGCACAGAAGCCGACAGACCUAUCAUUAGAGGAGAAAUGUUUACAGCCUGACUCAGAGGGACCACAGACGGUAGUUAGGGAUGCCCUGGAAGAGAAGAAGACAAGGGCGGAGAAAGCUAGAAGUUCACUCAAUGAAAAGACAGCCAGAGUGCUUGAUAUAAAACAGCAAUUUGGGAGCCAUUUAAAAGAAAAUGCAGAGUGUGGUGCUAAGGAAAAAGAUCAGCAGAUGAAGACAUCCAUUGAGAAAAUUGAACAGGAAUCUAAAGUACUUCAACCUAAGGAUGAGAAGAUCAGGGAUAAGAAAGCAAAUCAAGGGGACAAGAAGAGUCAAACUCCAGAACUAACAGCGGUAAGCACUAAAACUUCUACUGCUAAAGAAGAUAGUGAAACAAUGGACUUAUCAUUGGAUAAUUUACCAUGUGAGAUUUCAGAUCAGAAUGUUGACACUGAAGUUACAAGCCACAAGGAACAGAAGACUUUAGUUGCUAGAGACCAAGAUGAGGAUAUUAAAAAAACAGAGGAAAAUGCUGAGAAAGAAAAAGCCCCAGAGAAGACAACAGAAAUCCUGGUUUUACAAAUGGAUACAACUCAAGAAUCAAAAGCAUUAAGUAGUGAAACCCAGAGUACUAAAGUAACUAAAGUAACUGAAAUAGAGGAAUCACCAAUGAAGAGUUUGGUGAACGAGAUUAUUAUUGUGAAUGCUAACUCUGACGUUAGCACCCAAAAGGACCAGAAAGAUGAAGCUGUGAAGAUUAAGAAAGCAGAGAAAAACACUGAUCAAUCCACAGAUUUAAACAGUGAAGUUUGCAUACAACAAGAACAGAAGUCCAUAAUUGAUCAACAUGAGGAUGUAACCAAACCAAAUACAAGCAAACCAACAGAAUCCAAUCGUUCCAAUAAUGACCUGAAACAGCAAACAGAAACGGUAAAAACAGGAGCUCCAGAGAAGAUUUCAGAAAGCAAAAUUGAAGAACUAAAGGUUGUAAGCAUUACAACUGAGGGUGCUGAUGGAGCUGAAGCAAAGAUCAAAACAAAGGAUUCACCGAUAAAGAGUUUGGUGAAUGACACUGCAAUUGUGAAUUCUAACAGUGAAGUCAGCAUCCAACAAGACCAGAUAACCAGCCAAAAUAAGGAUAUUACAAAACCAGAAAUGGCAAUAACAGAAGCUCCAGAGAAGAUAUCAGAAAGCCAACAAGUAAAGGCUGUAAGCACCAAAACUCAGAGUGAAGAUCACAAGGAAAAGACUGAAACAAAGGAUUCAUUAGUUAAGAGUUUGGUGAACGAGACACCAAUCAGAACAGAAGCUCCAGAGAAAAUAUCAGAGGGCCAACAAGUAAAGGCUGUAAGCAUCAAAACUGCGAGUUCUGAGGGAAUCAAGGAAAAUAUUCAAACAAAGGAUUCGUCAGUCAAGAGUUUGGUGAAAGAGACACUAAUAGGAACAGAAGUUCCAAAGAAGUUACCAGAAAGACAAAUUCAAGAGCCAAAUGUUAUAGGCAACAAAACUAAGAGUGCUGAUGGAGCUAAAGACAAGUUGUCAGAAAGCCAACAAUUAAAGGCUCUAAGCACCAAAACUCAGAGCGAAGAUAACAAGGGAAAGACUAAAGCAAAGGAUUCGUCAGUUAAGAGUUUAGUAAAAGAGACAGCAGCUCCGAAUGCUAACGAUGACAUCUGCAACCAACAGGAUAAGAAGUUGGUUACUGUUGGAGACCCUGAGAGCAUAACAACACCAGAUACCACAAAAUCAACAGAAUCCAAACUUCAACAUACUGAUAUAAAACGGCAACCAGAAACAGUUGCUACAGAGAAAAUAUUGGAAAGUCAAAAAGUAAAGGCUGUAAGCACCAAAACUAUCAAGGAAAACACUGAAACAAAGGAUUCGUCAGUCAAGACUUUGUUGAAAGAGACACCAAUUGGAUCAGAAGCUCCAAAGAAGAUACCAGAAAGCCAAAUUAAUAAAACAAAUAUUGUAAGCACCAAAGCUCAGAGUGCUGAUGGAGCGAAAGAGAAGACUGAAACAAAGGAUCUAUCAGUUAAGACUUUGUUGAAAGAGACAGCAACUCCAAAAGCUCACGAUGAAAUUUGCAACCAGCAGGAUCAGAAGUUGGUAACUGUUGGAGAUCAACCUGAGACCAUAACGACACAGGAUACCACAAAAUUAACAGAAUCCAAACUUCCAAAUACUGAUAUAAAACAGCAACCAGAAACGGUAAGAACAGAUGCUCCAGAGAAAAUAUCAGAAAGCCAACAAGUAAAGGCUGUUAGCACCAACACUGCAAGUUCUGAGGGUAUCAAGGAAAAGACUGAAACAAAGGAUUCAUUAGUCAAGAGUUUGGUGAAAGAGACACCAAUGGGAACAGAAGUUCCUGAGAAGAUACCAGAAAGCCAAAUUCAAAAGCCAAAUGUUGUUAGCACCAAAGCUCAGAGUGCUGAUGGAGCGAAAGAAAAAACUGAAACAAAGGAUCCAUCAGUUAAGAGUUUGUUGAAAGAGACAGCAACUCCAAAAGCUCACGAUGACAUUUGCAACCAACAGGAUCAGAAGUUGGUAACUGUUGGAGAUCAACAUGAGACCAUAACAACACCAGAUACCACAGAAUCAGCAGUAUCCAAACUUCCAAAUACUGAUCUUAAACAGGAACCAGAAACGGUAAGAACAGAUGCUACAGAGAAAAUAUCGGAAAGCCAACAAGUAAAGGUUGUAAGCACCAAAACUGUGAGUUCUGAGGGUAUCAAGGAAAAGACUGAAACAAAGGAUUCGUCAGUCAAGAGUUUGGUGAAAGACACACUAAUGGGAACAGAAGCUCCAAAGAAGAUACCAGAAAGCCAAAUUCAAGGACCAAAUGUUGUUAGCAUCAAAACUCAGAGUGCUGAUGGAGCUAAAAAGAAGACUGAAACAAAGGAUCCAUCAGUUAAGAGUUUGUUGAAAGAGACAGCAACUCCAAAAGCUUACGAUGACACUUGCAACCAACAGGAUCAGAAGUUGGUAACUGUUGGAGAUAAACCUGAGACCAUAACAACACCAGAUACCACAGAAUCAACAGAAUCCAAACUUCUAAAUACUGAUCUUGAACAGGAACCAGAAAUGGUAAGAACAGAUGCUCCAGAGAAAAUAUCAGAAAGCAAACAACUAAAGGUUGUUAGCACCAAAACUGCAAGUUCUGAGGGUAUCAAGGAAAAGACUGAAACAAAGGAUUUAUCCAUUAAGAGUUUGGUGAAAGAGACACCUACUUCGAAAGCUUACGAUGAAAUUUGCAACCAACAGGAUCAGAAGUUGGUAACUGUUAGAGAUCAACCUGAGAACAUAAUGACACCGGAUACCACAAAAUCAGCAGAAUCCAAACUUCCAAAUACUGAAAUAAAACGGCAAUCAGAAACAGAUGCCACAGAAAAAAUAUCGGAAAGCCAACAAGUAAAGGUUGUAAACACCAAAACUUCUGAGGUUAUCAAGGAAAAGACUGAAAUAAAGGAUUCAUUAGUCAAGAGUUUGGUGAAGGGAGAGACACCAAUGGGAAAAGAAGCUCCUAAGAAGAUACCAGAGAGCCAAAUUCAAAAGCCAAAUGUUGUAAGCACCAAAGCUCAGAGUGCUGAUGGAGCUAAAGAGAAGACUGAAACAAAGGAUAAGAGUUUGUUGAAAGAGACAGCAACUCCAAAAGCUAACGAUGACACUUGCAACCAACAGGAUCAGAAGUUGGUAACUGUUGGAGAUCAACCUGAGACCAUAACGACACAGGUUACCACAGAAUCAGCAGAAUCCAAACCAGAAUCGGUAAGAACAGAUGCUCCAGAAAAAAUAUCAGAAAGCCAACAACUAAAGGCUGUUAGCACCAACACUGCAAGUUCUGAGGGUAUCAAGGAAAAGACUGAAACAAAGGAUUUAUCCAUUAAGAGUUUGGUAAAUGAGAUACCAAUGGGAACCGAAGUUCCAAAGAAGAUACCAGAGAGCCAAAUUCAAGGACCAAAUGUUGUUAGCACCAAAACAAAGAGUGCUGAUGGAGCGAAAAAGAAUACUGAAACAAAGGGUUCUUCUGUUAAGAGUUUGGUGAUUGACAUUUUAAUUGAGAAUACUAACUCUGAUGUUAACACCCAAAAGCACCAGAAGCCCUUAAUAGUCAAAGAUAAACAUGUGAAGAUUAAGAAACCAGAGAAAAAUGCUGAUCAAUCCACAGACGCCCCAACUGCUAAACCAAUUGAUUUUACAACUGAAAAAGCAACUAGUAUGACUGAUAAGAAACCAAAGAAAAGAAAAGAAAUUAAAGAGGAUUCUGCUUGUAAAAAUGAUGGUGGAGAACAAAAAGACAAGCCCACUGUUGUUCCAGAUCAAGUACUCAAUAGUCCGAAGGAUGACAACAGCACCAACGAAAAAACAAAAACGCACAGUGGUUUGAAACAGGACCUGCAGACUUUGAGAGAAGAGAAAACCAUUAGUGCCAGUGAUCCACAAAAGCCUACAAAGCAAACACUGAAUGGCAAUUUGUCCCUUUCUACCACGACGGAACCUCACACAACUAAAGCCGUUCGGCAAAAGAAGGACUCUCCAUCUAGCUGGUUAAAUGUGGAGCAUCAAAAACAAAGGGAAAAUAAAAGAAAGCUCAAAGCCUCAGUCAGUGAGGAUGAAUGUGAGCCUGAAGACUAUGACGAUUUUAUCAGGAGCAUUAGGGAAGGCAGCAUCCCAUUCUCACUACCUCCAAAGAGGCAUAUUCGUAAAAAGUCACCAUCUCCACCUUUUGGCAUGCCAGCCAUCAAGGAGGACCAUUCUGAGAAAACUUUUGACCCAGAGGGAUUCAAGUUCGGUUUAAGGAAAAAUGGCAAAUCUUUUAGAGACCUUUCCCCAGCUAUGGCAAUCAAACAGAAAGCAGCUAAUAGGGAAGGACGGACUCGGGCAAAAGACAACGCAUCUAUGGAAAUCACGAAUGAGGUGGAAGGAAAAGAUGGAGUCAAUGAGGGGACAAACAUUGAAGCAGGAAAAGAAGAGGGGCAAAACAAUGGAGAAGAGCCUGGGAAACUGACGUCACGACUUGGAAGGAUGUCCAUCCUUUCCAGCUUACUUAGCUCCCCUCGGUCCUCCAGGAAGGCCAAAGAGGAAGCUACCUCUGCCUCAAAUAGCACACUUUCAAACCAACAACAGGGCCUGCUCUCACUUGGAAAGCAGGGAGUUGUUGAUUCACCUCUGCCUGCCGUCGAAGCAGAUAAGAAGGGUGUGAAAAGUAUAGAUCAAGGCUCGCUUGUGGGUGCAGUUAGUGAGUCAGCACUCAACCCCUCCUCUUCUUCACCUCCUCUUCCUAUGCUGCCCUCGUUCUCUGAGAUAAAACUGCCUGAUCAUUUAGAGAAAUACCUCAAGAAGAACAAAUCGGAACCUAAGGCCUCCAAGAGCUCUACAAAGAUGACUAAAAGUAAUCCUGAGGGUACUGUGAUGGACCAGGCUUCGAUGGCAGGAGAACCAAAUGUGGAUGUGAGCCUGAAGGGCCCAGCAGGACUGCCUCCAAUCGGCAACAACAGCCGGCAAACUUCUCGAAAUGGACGUACUACUUCUAAACCUAAGAUACCUGCAGUAAGAGCGUUACACAAAAGGCCUGGAAAGAUUAUCAUUCAUGAACAUGAUCAGUUUGGAGGACAGCCGUUUGAACUGUACUGUGAUGUAGAGGAUGCCACCACAAUGAAGCUGUCCCCUAUCAUCUCAGUCAGAGUAAUCAGAGGAUGCUGGCUCCUCUAUGAGAAACCUGGCUUCCAGGGUCGUAUCAUCGCCCUUGAGGAGGGUCCCACAGACCACAUAGUGAAUAUGUGGGCAGACGAGGGAACUCCAAUGACACAAGACCAGAUGGGUCAGCCUGUACCAACAGCACCUAUGGUCAUAGGUUCUAUUCGAUUGGCAGUUAGGGACUAUAGCAUACCUCGAAUUGACCUGUUCACAGAGGUAGAUGGACUGGGGAGGAUGACGUCUUACUGUGACGACAGUGUAGAGAUCAGCUCCUUUGGGAUCCCACAGACCACUGGAUCCAUUAAAGUUCAUUCUGGAGUCUGGCUGGUGUACACUGAUCCAGGGUUUGGAGGUUUUGUUGGAGUGCUGGACGAGGGGGAGUAUCCAUGCCCCCAGACCUGGGGUUUUCCUGAGCCCUUCAUCGGGUCUCUCAGACCCCUUCGAAUGGGACCAAUAAGAGUGGAGCAUCCUCAUGAAUUCAAGGCUUUAGUGUUUGAGAAGCCCAACUUUGAUGGAGAGUGCAUCGAGGUCGACAGCGAUACAUACAGCUUGCAAGAAGACCUGGGAGAGGAGAAAACAGACAAACCAGACAAGAACAAGAAGACACUGUCCACAGUGGGAUCCAUAAAGAUUCUUGGUGGUCUCUGGGUGGGCUAUCAAGAGGAAGACUUCGAAGGCCAGCAGUACCUCCUGGAGGAGGGGGAGUAUCCUCACUGCAGUGACUGGGGAGGAUCUGAGGAUGGGCUCCUGUCAAUCCGACCUGUAUGCUCAGAUUUUCAGUCUCCUCACGUUAAACUGUUCAGUGAGCGGCACUUUGAUAAACUGGGGCUCCAUGUGGACUUGCUAGGACCCAUCCCCAGCAUGGAAGACAUCGGCCAUGGCAGCAAAACUCAGUCUAUUGACGUCAUGAGUGGAGUGUGGGUGGCGUUUGAGAAUCCUGGAUUCAGUGGUGAGCUCUACGUCCUGGAGAGAGGCCUGUAUGUGAGCCCAGAGGACUGGGGAGCCCAGAACUUCAGGAUCUCAUCCAUACAACCAGUCUUCCAUGACCCACUGAUGGGAACACCCAAAUUCAAGAUGCAGCUAUAUUCUGAGCCAGACUUCCAAGGUGAGAUGGUGGUUCUGGAGGACAGCACAGCAGCUCUAGACGAGGACUUCAUACCCAAGUCCUGUAAGGUCCUGGCUGGCAGAUGGGUGGCGUAUGAAGGAGCUGAUUUCAAGAAUAACAUGUUUGUGUUGGAGGAGGGAGAAUACCCGAACACAGAAGUCAUGGGCCUUCUGUCCUCAGACUCUACCAUUCGCUCCAUACAGACUGCCGGACAAGAGUUCUCUCUGCCCUCCAUCAGCUUGUUCAGUAAGAUGGGCUUUAGAGGUCGCAGAGCGCUGUUGACCCAUGGAGCUGUGAACUUGCUGCAGUCGGGCCUGGACACACACAUACACUCUGUGGUGGUGGAGGGAGGAAUGUGGGUGUUGUAUGAAGGCAGUAACUACCGCGGUCGACAGCUGCUUCUCCAGCCAAGUGAAGUUGCUGAUUUGUGGAAGUUAAAUGGCUGGAAGCAAAUAGGAUCCUUGCGUCCUUUAGUCCAGAAGCCGAUGUACUUCCGUCUGCGGAACAGGGAGACAGGAUGUGUGAUGUCCCUGACAGGAACUUUGGAUGACAUCAAGCUGAUGAGGGUUCAGGCUGUGGAGGAGACAGGAGGCGUGGAGCAGGUGUGGCUCUAUCGGGAUGGCCAGCUCACCUGCAAGGUGGUUGAGGACUGUUGUCUGGAGACCACAGGCAGUGUGGUGAUGGAGGGCAGCAGGCUCUGUGUUACCCCGGAGCGAGGCAAAGGCAACCACCUGUGGAACAUCACCCCUGAUGGCCUUGUGCACUGCCACAUCAAACCUCAACUGGUCCUGGAGGUCAAAGGUGGUCAUCAGUAUGACAAGAACCAGGUGAUCCUCAACACAUGUGAUGAGAGAAAACUGAACCAGAGGUGGACCUUGGAUAUCCUUUGAUCUGAGCUUGAACUCACCAGACCUGCCAGCUCACAAUGAGCCCUGUGAUGCAGCUCCACAGUGGAACCCACACCACAGAUAUGAGUCCAGUUGGAGGAUUUAUGCAAUUACUGCACCUUUUUGUAGUCUUUUGACUCUUGUUUACUCUAAUUUAGGAGGUAACCAUUGACUGGAUCCACAGUAUAACUAUUCUCAUAGUGUUAAUGAAAAUAACAUAUUGCUUUUCUUGCCACUUGAUUUUGAACACUGUAUACCAAAGGCUCCAUACACUGUUUUUCGCUAUAAACAGUGAGAACUCAGCCCUGUUUCAAUGCUGCACACCUCUCUUUACUUUAUGGUACUUUUCCACUGCAUGGUUCCAGUGUCUGUUUUCUGAUCAUAAUGUUGGCAAAUAUGAAUGUAUAGUGUAUAUGAACAGCUGCAAUAUGAAGUCUGAUGUGCCUACACUCCAAAGAUGUGUAGCCUUAAAUGUCAUCUUUUUAUUACUAUGGAUCAAAAAUGACCUGUUGUAAAGUUUUUAAUAUCUUUUUAGGAUUUGAUAGGUUUUUUUUAAUGUUUACAUAAACUACAUUAGGUUGUACAUAAGGAUCAAGUGUAUAGACUUGAGUUAAGCAGAAUUGUAAUACCAAUGCUGCCCACUGUAAAUAUGUGAAUGUAUAAGAGAAAACUGUUACAAAUGAAAAUAGGAAUGUGAUUUUCUGUCUUCUUUUGUCUAUUUUAGAAAAUAAAACAUCUGUCUUUAGAAUUUAACCACCUGUUACUCUGACAGUUUGUUGGGAUUGCUGUUGUUUCUCUGAUGGUCAGAUGACUUAUUCCAUCCUUCAUGGGUUUGCUACAGAAUUGCUCUGACCAGAGAAGGCUACUUGCGGCACAGAUCAUUUGGUAUGAUACACAUAGACAGCAUAGCCCAUGGGCACUUUU